AUUAGGGCCUGGUCCAGAGGGCCUGGUCCGGAGUAAGCAGAACGUCCAGAGCUGCUGAUUAGGGCCUGGUCCAGAGUAAACAGAACGUCCAGAGCUGCUGAUUAGGGCCUGGUCCAGAGGGCCUGGUCCGGAGUAAGCAGAACGUCCAGAGCUGCUGACUCGUUGAAGUUGAAGUUGUCGUCCAAAUCGAGGUUAGUGAUCGCUGAUCUGAUGUCCAGAAGAUGUUUUCAGUCAUAGGAAAUGAUGGUGGAGACAUUAUGACCAGGCGUUAGUAUUUAUUCCGGUAGUGGAAAAACUUGCCUCUUAUCAACCACAUCCUUGACCUUGUCCCUAACCUCUGACCUCGGACCCUGUGUUGCUGCAGAUGCACCAGAGGACCAACCCCCUGUAUGACGGCAGGGUCACUGAGGGAGACAGACAAAUAGACGGAUCAGCACAGUGAAAAGGUCCUUUGGAUACAAGCCACCAACCGUCAUCACAGACAUGACGCUCACAGCACCCGGCAGAUAUAGAGACAAGAUCUAGCAACCAUGAUACUGUGAAAAUAGGAUAUAUUCUCCAGACAACUCAUAUACUUCAUAAUACAUUCAUGGUGAAACGAUUGCCAAUGUGGGGAUAAAGCUGAUAGCCCUGAAAUGGCCAUAGCAUAUUGCUCAACAAUACAUGCACUAUACUUUCAUACAUAUUGCCAGCAAUAAAGAGUGUGAAUUAAAUGUACAAUAAAAUUAAAAAAUUAAAAUAAAAGCAUCUCUGUGUGGUUGAAGCUUGUCAUCUCGAAGUUAAAAAUGUAUUAAAAAAAUAUGUAUUAGAUUUCAUGAUAUAUAUCUCGUGACUGAUUGUGUCACGCCGCAGUUCCAUACCACCUUGACCUAUAGAUGGGGGUUGGGGAGAUACAUCGUCGCUAUUCGUUUGUAGCUUCCAUCUGUCAAAGCAUCAUCGGAGUUAGUCAUUACUAAUAUUCAAUCGAGAGUAAAGUAACGUUUAGUGCCUUCUUUGCGGUUUUUGGACACAGCUGAUCGCCAGAACGCAUACAGCGCCUAUUUUAGGCUAACAAGUGACAACGCGUCACUUUCGCCAGGAUGGAGUUAAUGGUGGACACCGCUAAGACCCAGGGUCAGACCCAGAGCCAGCGGGGUCAGGCUGUGUCCCCUCCCUCAGUCUUCCCGUAUCGCUUCACCUCGGACGGGUGUCUGUGUCACCGGGUCACCCAGGAGCCCUUCUCGUUCCGGUUCCAGCGGGGCUGUGACCCGGACGCCACCCAGAGGGAGGACCAGGCGUUGUGUCUUCACGUCACCCAACACGUUCACUCUCUCCUGGAGGAGCAGCUGCACCUCACCAGGCUCUACCUCCCACCUCCAGCAGAGCCCAAGGGGCAUGGGGACCACAGGGUCUCCUUCAGCCCCCAGCGAGGAGCCCCCAGCCAGGGCUACGUCUACCUAUCCCCUGGGGCCCUGGAGAGCCCUGCCACCCUGCUGCUGGUGGUCCAGGACCGGGGAACGAUGCGCUGUGGCCUGUGGAGCUGGAGGGCUGCUGCCAGCGAGGGGCUGGAGAGAGGCAGCAUGAUGCCCUACGUGAGGAGGGCCCUGGAGGAAGGCAGCUCUGUCCUCCUGAUGAACCCCAACCAGGGAGGAGGUGUCGGGGAGACCCCGGAGGAGCACGUGCACCGCGUCUGGGACCUCCUAGUGUCGCGCUGCGUCUCCCGGCGUGUCGUCGUGGUAGCGCACGGUUACGGAGGCCUGGCGUUCGUGGACCUGCUGUGCCGACGCCCGCAGCAAGUGGUGAGGCAGGUGUGGGCGGCGGCCUUCCUGGACUCCUCCCACAGCCUGUGGCACCAGCCAUUGGACGCGGAGGGCCGGGAGUGGCUGAAGACACGCUCCAGGAGGUGGGUGCUGAGCUCCAAGCCCCUGAACCAGCCGGUGGGGUCGCUGAAAGCAGGAUGCCCUCAGAUGUCAGCUGGGACGCAGAGCCACGAGGCGGCUCCAGCUGUCUGCAUGGAGUCUGUGUUCAGGUUCUUCUCCAAAACACUGAGUCCUAAAGCACCCACCAGCUUUAGUAUGGUGACCCGCAGCAGGAGCACCGUGGGCCAGAUCAGACCUCACACCGGGCCGCCCUGACAGCACCAGUGAAGUACAGGAGCACCGUGGGCCAGAUCAGACCUCACACCGGGCCGCCCUGACAGCACCAGUGAAGUACAGGAGCACCGUGGGACAGAUCAGACCUCACACCGGGCCGCUCUGACAUUUACAUUUAAGUCAUUUAGCAGACGCUCUUAUCCAGAGCGACUUACAGGAGCAAUUAGGGUUAAGUGC